AUGUAAAAAACGAUUUUAGCUUUGCUGAUUGUUAUGUGUACAGCACUCCAAGUGCAAGAGCUACAAUAAGCCAAUAAAUAAUUCGAUAAACUAUCUUAAGACUCUCCUGUGGGAAAAUUCUUAAUGGAUUUGGCUUAAAUUCAUGCUGAAGUGCAAGGCCCUUUGGAUGAUUUAAAAGAGACUAUUGAAAAAUUUUAUGAGAAUUUGCAAGACAGCCUCUCUCAAUUAGAUGGUGAAUUUCAAUCCAAAUAAGCAAUCCAUUUGAAGGUUCUUUAAAAUUAUGAAUCUAAUUAAUAAGAUGCUUAAAUCGACAUUGCUUAAUCACAAGAUCAAUUAGACAAUGUAUUGUCAAGAAACAAGGAAAAUAUUGAGAAGAGAUUGAAAUAGAUCCAAUAAAACAUCAAUGACAAUAGAUCAAAUAUUCAAAGAGACAAAUUAUAAAGAAAUCAGUAAAAAGAUUAAAAUGUUGAACACAUCCACGAACAUCAAUAGGCAACUACAUCAAUUGACGAGGCAUUGUCUCUUGUGUAAGGUUUGAGUAGUGGAAACAUUGCUUUUGUCGAAGCACCUAUGAAAAAGACUUUAGAUUAUAUUAAAUAGAAAGUAAACUCAAAAGAGGAAUAUGCUCCACUAGUAGAUGCUUUGAUUAGUUUGUCUGGAACUUAAGAUACAAAAUAAAUCAAAGAUUUGUUGAAUAAAUUGAGAAAUUAGAUUGUCGAUUCAAUGAUUCAAUUGACAGGAGAUGAAAAUGAUGCUUAGAAAAUGUUUGAGGAUCGUUAAAAGUAAUUGGAUUCGGAGUUCUCAGAAUUCUAAAAUCAAGUGAAUUAAGCAACCUAUGAUUUGGCAUCUAUUUCAGCCAGAAUAGAUUAAGAGAAGGAAUUCACAAAGUAAAGAAAGAGUGAUUUAGAUAUGUACAAUAGCUAAAUAGAAAUGGAGAAUAAUAAUUUUGCUGCAAUUACUGGAUUAUACAAUGAAAUUAGGGCUGUUAGAUUAAAGGAAUAAAAGAUUGCUGAAGAUGCUAAAAACUUCGCUUAUUCAUCUUAAUUUAGGGAAUUGUUACAAUCAAAAUUGAACAAAUGACAUUUAUAUAUAUA